AAAAGUCAUAACAAAUCAGCGCCAUUUUCAAAAUGGAAGUCUUUCUUUAAGGUUUAGUCUGUUGUUGGAAGUUGGUGUGCUACAGUUCUUAGUUAAUCUGAGUGAUCAGAAUGUUGAUGCCCAAAGAGAAUCGUGUCGCUAUCUUCGAGCACCUCUUCAGAGAGGGUGUAAUGGUGGCCAAAAAGGACUAUCACGCCCCCAAGCACAUGGAGUUGCAAAACAUCCCAAACUUGCAGGUGAUCAAGGCCCUUCAGUCCUUGAAAUCCAAGGGAUACGUUAAGGAGCAGUUUGCGUGGAGACAUUUCUACUGGUACCUAACCAACACAGGCAUUGAGUACCUCAGAACUUUCUUGCACCUGCCUUCUGAGAUCGUUCCUUCCACGUUGAAGAGGCAAGCCAGGACGGAAAGUGCACGUCCCAGGCCUGCUGGAGCCCCACGAAGCGACAUGCUUCCCAAGGGCACUGAAGACCGCACUGGAUACAGGAGGCACACUGGAGGUCCAGGAUCAGACAAAAAAGCGGACGUGGGCGCUGGAAUUGGUGAGGUCGAAUUUCGGCCCGGUUUUGGCAGAGGUCGCCCUCAAUAAACUUUUUAAAUGCAAAUAAACACAUUUAUUUGGUAA